AUGAAAGAUUUCGCGCCAAAAUCAAUUAGGAAGUUCACUUUGGAGGAAAGCGGCGGCAUGACAUCGACAGCGGUAGAGCAGGCAAAUUUAGGCCAGUAUUUCACUCAAAGAAAAGGCCUGGAAGAUGUCCACCCUGCAAAGCGAAGAAAAGUAGAUAUGAGUGGAGUUGAGGGCGAAGUUGCGGUCAGACGCAGUGAAAGAUCAAAGAAACAAGCGGCGUCCUUUCAGAGCAAGAUCAGUACACGAUCAUCCAAAGCUUCUAAGAGAAAUGCGAAGGUAAUCCUGAAGGAGAAGAGUGUACAGACUCCAGCCAAAGAGAGGAGCGAUUCUACCUCUUUGUUCGAUGAUCACGCUUUUGCAGAAGCUUUGAUCGGGAAACUGACCUAUGCGCAGAGAAAGCGCAAGAUGGUGGCGUCCUCGAGACAAAGAGACGACGCCAUUACGAGCGCUCCCAAAGAAAAUAGCUCGGAAGAAGGUUUGCAGGGGCAAAUAAGCGAGAGCGACAAUGAAUCUAGGCCAAAGAUUAGGCGAAGAAUUGCGAAAUAUUCUAAAACAACAGAGCGGUCAAUAAAUGGUGAGAAAUCCACUGAUCUCGACGCUGCGGAGUUAGUCAAUUGCAAUCCUUCUCAAUCGAAGGAAGAAUCGUCCAGUGACGGGAAGUCGUUUGGAAUGGACGCUCCUGAGAAGAAGGAAACAAUGGUAUCUCCUUCGAAAACGCCUCCAGCUGUGAGAAAAGUCGGUAGCGGUCUUAAAGCGGAUCCCUGGAUCGCAGAACAGGCCAAAAUGGUCCAUAGCCGUGGAAGAGCAGCGGUAAAUUUAAGCCAGAGAAGAAGAGGCAAGGAAGAUGUCAAGCAGCAGGCUGGUGCGACUGAGAAAAGUUGUUCAGGUGAAUAUUGGGUGGUAAAAUAACCUGCUUUAGUCAUUCAAGCAAGCCAGAUUCGUGUUUCGAUAUCUUGAGAGGAAGGGAGAAACCACCCCAAAAUGCAGAACUUCACAAACAAACUUUGUUUCAUAUGUAACUUUGCCUACAUAGGCUUCCCUUGCCGUUGUAAGUCUCUGGAGUUGAUUAACAUAGCUAUCAGAAGCUAAGGAAAAAACAUGACACCAAAGUGUCAUGUUGUUUUGUCUGUUUGUUUGGUUUUUUUUUUUUUUUUGGGGGGGGGGGGAGGAAAGAUGGGGUAAAAUUCAGUUCACAGGUGGAAUAAACUUUUUUAAAUAUAUAUUUACUUUUCUUUCAGUGGAAAACUCCAAAAUCACAAUGAAGAAGGCUCAAGAGGAUCUAGCCAAGGCAAGAAAACUGAUUAGGAGCAUGAGAUCAUUGGAGAAAAGUGUUCCCAAAUCAUCACUGUCUUGUACUGAAGAUAAAGGAUUAAGGCUUCAUCAGAUGGCUAAAAAGAAUAAUGAGACAGAAAAAUCACAUUGGUAUGUGAAAAUGUUAUGUUAAGCCAUGAAAAUUUGGUAGUGAUAAUGAUAAAAAGGGCAAAUCUAUCAAUAGUUAUGGUUUUUUCAACAAGGUAAGACCUUUCUUGAACCAAUCAACAUGUGAAAGGGACCACAGACUUUGGCCAUGAUUCUGCAGUCUAUCCUUUAUCACCAAUUGUCUGAGGAGAGAGUCUAAUGUAUCAUUGCUCAAGUGGCCAAAUGCCUGCUCUGUCUGGCUAAUUGGGUCCUCAGAAUUUCUUAUUGAGAAAAUGGAUUCACUUUUAAGGGAUAUUUUUUUUUUGGACCUUAAUACUUCUUCUGCAUGCAGUAGAGUAGUGCUGUAUGACCAAGCUUUGGCCACUAGAUCACCUGAUCUGUAUGACCACAAUUUAAUUUUCUUGUUGCUACUCUUGGAUGGUCCCUUUUUUUAGGGAGGGGGCCUCACCUGAGGGCAGCCUAAAUUUGUUCCUUUUAUUUCUUACAGACACGGCUGUAUUAUGGAAUGUCAACUAUGUUUCUGUUUUCAUUGGAUCAAUUUUUUUAAUAAUUAUUAAUUUAUAGUUUGAAAGAUGCUCCAGCCUAUCAAAGAUUUCAUGCCUUGGCUCAGCCUACUCCAUCAGAGGCUUCCUCUACAACUCUACCCCUCCCCUAUAAGUACAAGGUGCUGGCUGAGAUGUUCCGCUGUACUGACACCAUCCUGAAUUUGCUGGGGCAGCGAAAGGAGAAGUGUACAUUUACUAAACUCCGGGAUGCAGUGCAGCAGAUGUCAAGAAAGUAAGAACCUUGGUGGUCAGUUCAUCAUGCAAUAAGCUUUAAAGUAAGCCUGAAAUAAAAAAUAUUUGCUGAUGUUGCUGCUUAAUUUGGAUUUUUCGCAGGCGAUUUGAGAAGAAGCAUCUGGCACAAAUGAAAACAGUUUAUCCAGGAGCCCUUGAAUUCCAUCAAGACAAAUGUCUGGGCAAGUCUUCAUCAUUUGAGUUGAUUAUUGAGUUUGGAAAAACUGAGGAAGCACUCAGCAAACUUACACUGACAGCCACUGAGCUGUUGGUAAGAAGGGAUACCUUCCAGAAGAAUCUGCUACAGACAACUAAGAGGCAUCAUCAGGUAUUUUUAUGCGAGCAUUUGUCUGGAAAUUUUAUCUUACACAACAAUGGAGUUUGUUACUAGUCUGUAGUUGUCUUCUAAUGUUUCGAAAGAAAUUGUGGUGCUACAUUGGUGGGAAAGUAUAAAGGGGUAUUAAAUUUGGUAUUAUCAACUAAGUUUACAAUACCGAGUCCAAUCACUCUGAUGAAGGGCUAACACUCCAAAUGUCAGCUUUUAAUCUCUUUUACGGUGGCCAAUUUACAUUAUCAACUUAGUUGAUAAUACUAAAUUACCCCUGUUAUACAGUAGUCUUCUUAGGUUGUUAAGUGUCUGGUGAUGUAAGCUAUAUAUCAGUCCAAAGACCACAAAGAAGAAUGUCUUUCUCUAGAAACAAAUUAACUGUGUUUUUACUCACAUGCAGACAGUACUUUUUGAGGAAAACUGUUGUAUAGGUUACCUAGUUAGUUGUAUAGUACUUCAUAGUGUGUGUUAUUAUCCAAGAACCCAUAAUGUCGGUGGUUUCAGUAACUUUUUUGACAAACAGUUAUCAUUGGUGUGAUAGGCAGCUGUGCCAAACACAAAAGCCUGCUUGCAGGCUAAACAGGUAAUUCAGAGAGGUAUUACAGACAGUGAUAGACUGGUAACCAGGUUGUCAUUGAAAUGGCUGUAAUGUACACAAAUCUUUUUUUCCAUUUUCAUUUUGAUGUUGUGGUCAACCAACAAUAUUGUCAACUUUUGAAUGACUGAUUAUAUGAACAUUAUAUAUAAUGUAUUUGAACUGUGGUUAAAACACAUUAUAUUCCUAUAUACACAGUUAUUCAUUUAUUACCUCACAAGUUUAAUACAAACCAACAAAAUGACCAGCACAUUGUUAGCCUGUCAGCUCAGUUGGUACAGAGCACUGCACCAGUAUUGCAGUGGUCAUGGGUUCAACUCCCAUACAGGCCUGAAUUUUUUUGAGGCCUUACAUUCACUUCUGUUUAAUUAGUGUUCAUUACUGAAAAGAUCACUGUCAUCUUCAUUGUUAACUUUGUUACAAACAUUCUUUGUUUAAAGGAUUUCCUCUCCAACCUCAGCCCAUCUUUGUCAGUUGAUGAUAACAAAAUCAUGCGCUGGCAUCCAAAGUUUCACCUUGAUGAAGUGCCAGAUGUAGAGGAAGGCAAGCUCCCUCAGCCUCCAGUGGUAAAGACCUACAGUAGCGCCAAUGACGUCUUGGAAAAAGCACGUGACAUGAUAGCACCAAGGGUAUGUCAUAACAUUACAGUUUUUGUCUUUUUGACAACCAUUCAGCUUCUAAAGAAUUAAUUAUUUGACAUGACAUCUAGGAAUGACUGGCAUCUUAUUUCUCCCUACAAUAUCACCCCUGAAUCAAACAUGAAGGUCAUGAGAAUAAAGGAAAUGAUCUUCAAAUAAAGAAGCUUUUGUUUGUUAAAGGAAUUGUCCCUGUCAGCACCUUAGGAAAUGUAGCAAGAACAAUACAAAAUAAAAUGUGCAUACUGAUACUUGUAUUAGGGUGUAAGGGUUACAGUAAGUAGAAGAGAAAUGUUGUUUAAUUGGCUUGGUAGGACCAGUGCUUUCCUUCAGGCCAUCUUUCUAUCUCUGUAUGUAGGCCAUGUGCAGUCAUGUGCAGUGGUUGUAAAAAGGUCAGAAAAAGUUAUGCAUCCCCAAGAGAUGUUAGGCAGUGUAUAGCUUAACCCUUUAACUCCCAUGAGUGACAAAGGCAAAAUUUUUCCCACAAUAUCAAGCAUAGAAGUGAUGAGAAUAAAGUAAACUAUCAAUUAGGGGAUUAUUAGUUCAUCCAAUACCAAAUUCCCCAAAUUGACUUCUUAAGAAUUAUAUGGCAGACAGUAAGGAGAAUUACUAAUGAGAUCUUGGGAGUUAAAGGGUUAAGUUUUCUUUCCUGUAGGUUGAGAAAGCACUAAAGGCAGUUGCUUUGAAAGAACAAGAGGGAGAGGAGUUGACAUCAGCAAACAAGAACAAAAACUUACCAGAAAAGAAAGAGGUGACAAAGUCUACAGAAGAGAUGCAAAGCAAAAAUAAUUUAAAGAAUAAAGCUGCCUUGAAGGGAAUCUCACAAGAUCUACUGAACAAGGUAUUGCAUGUUAAGUAAGAUUGAUAUUAAUAAGUGCACUCAAAAUGAAAUCCUAAAAUGAAAGCCUCCUAAUAAUAGAGGGAAAAUGUCCAUCCCUACAUCAUAUACAAACAGGUAUGUUAACAACUGAAAACUAAAUGUAAAUCAACCUUUCUUGUUGUUCAAGAUCAGUGGUAAGUGGCCCUGUCAAACUGUCAUACCAAUAAGAACAUUGAAACAUCUUAACUGUAAAUGAAUUUUAAUAAUAUUUAUAGUAUUUUUUAGUCCCUACUAGUGAAUGAGCUCGUACUUGAUCAAUUUUUUUUAUUUGAUUUGAAUCCUGGUUUCUGUGUUUUAUCUUUUGUUUUGAUAUCUUAUUCAAAGAUUAGGCAGAAAGAGGCAAAGAAAAUAGAAGAAAGCCUGAUGCGAGAUCCCUUAGUUGACAAGAAGCUUGCCAUGAAGGAACGUCUUCCUGAACUAUGCAGAAUACUCAAAGCGUAUCCUUGCUUUUUAAUCAGAGAAGUGACAUUUUUUUUCAAACAACAGCUACUUUUUUCCUCUGGAAAAGUAGGGCAUUAAUGACUUUUUGACCAGAGUUGGCUCACAGAAAUCACCCUUGAUCCUAGGGUUGCUAGCCCAACUAUUGUUUGGGGGAAUCUGUGUAUCACUUUCUAAGGCUUUGUUAUCAUUGUUGUUUAGUUUUGCCUUAUGCAAACAAACAAUUAAAUAUACCCUUAACUAUUAUUAGUUACUUCUCUGCUGAGCGCAAGGCUGCUAUACCCCUGGAGGAUGCAACAGUGAAACUGUCAGACAGCUACAAGACAUCUCUGUCUUCAGGUAUUCUGAGAACUGCAUCAUUUAAUAAAAUUUUUUUUUAUUUUCUGGAUUUGAUUGAAAGAUCUGAUGAAGUCAAGGAUAUGUGGCCCUGAAUAGGGCAUUUGUUAGUGAUAGUGAUUUAAACCAUUUCUUUAGUAUUACAGUAGUCUAGAUUUGUUCUUGACAAGCUCUCUGUCAUUUUCCAUGUAGUCCAAGUUGAAGAACACAUCAGAUUCAUGUCUCAGCUUGUACCAGAAUGGAUCUCACUUCUCACAGUUAGGAAAUGUGCCUAUAUCAAGAUCAACAAGACUGCUGAUGUGAACAAUGUGAUAAACAAAAUCAUUACAAAAGAAAUUCAGUAA